AUGGGGUUCCAGCCAACAGAAUCGGAUCCGUGUUUGUACGUACGACGUGAAAAUGGUUCUGCUGCGUACAUUUUAAUCUACGUCGACGACAUGAUCAUUGUAACUCAGACAAUGGAGGAAUUCAAAACUAUUCUGAAAACUCUUCAAGAACAUUUCACGGUGGCGGAUCUUGGAGAUAUUCGUCAUUUCCUUGGUAUGGAGAUCGAGAACAGCCCAUCCGGAUACAAGCUAAAUCAGGAAACGUACAUUCGAAGGUUGACAGAACGUUUUGGUAUGGAACUAGCGAAACCGUCAAAGAUACCACUUGACCCCGGCUACCUACAGAAGAAGGAGGAGAUGGAUCAGCUACCUAACAACCAUGACUACAUGAGCUUGAUUGGAGGUCUCCUGUACGUAGCUGUACACACGCGACCAGAUAUCGCCGUCAGCACAUCGAUUUUGGCACAAAAAUCAAGCUGCCCAAAUUCGCAUGACUGGACUGAAGCCAAGCGAGUAUUACGAUAUUUGUAUACCACCAGCAACAACAAGCUACAUCUAGGUACUUCAAAUGAAGGAUUGCAGAUGUUCGACGAUGCAGACUGGGCUGGUGAUUCUCACGACAGGAAGUCAAACUCUGGUGUACUCAUUAUGUUCGGAGGAGGAUUAAUUUCCUGGGGCUCACGCUCACAAUCAUGCGUUGCAUUAAGCUCAACUGAAGCGGAUUUCGUGGCGCUCGCUGAAGGCUGCCAAGAUACGAUCAUCGAGGGAUUCGUCGUUAACCGUUCAACACAGCAGUUCACGGAGGAACAGCUAGUCCACCUAAACGAUGGAUUGGGAUAUGCGGUAAUACAAAAAUCGGACAUGGAACAGAUCAUGGAUAUGGAGACUGCAAUCUCCCGCAAUAUCGAGCAACAGGAUCAGAAUACAGCCAGGAACAUCGUAGCAAACGCCAUCAAAGAAGGACAACACGGAGCAACGAACCAUGACGAGAGAAGGAUUUUGAAGGAGAAACAUGAAAGCGGACAAAGGCAACGCAGAAAAUCAACGGAGGACCAUAUAGGCAUUUAA